UGGAAGAGCUCCGUGCGUAAAAUCCACGACCGUCUUUAUAUAUAAGUACUCAUCUCCUCUUUCCUCUUGGACCAAAGUUUCAAGGCUCAGUCUUCUUCUCACAUAUUCCGCUCAGUUUCCUCUCCUCUCUCCUCCUUCAGCUAACGCUCUGAGUGCGAGUUCAAUGUCGAAUUUCAUGGCUGCUUCGAAUCAGAAUACGAAUCCGAACAAGUCCUUUGAGGUCACCCCUCCACCGAACGACUCGAUAUCGAGCCUAAGCUUCAGUCCCAAGAGUAACAUUCUGGUCGCCACCUCCUGGGAUAACCAGGUGCGAUGCUGGGAGAUACACCAGAGUGGACAAAAUCUUGCUAGUGUGCCCAAGGCAUCCAUAUCGCAUGACCAACCGGUUUUGUGCUCAACCUGGAAGGAUGAUGGAUCGACAGUGUUCUCCGGAGGGUGUGACAAGCAAGUUAAGAUGUGGCCUUUGGCUGGUAACCAACCAGUGACCGUUGCCAUGCAUGAAGCACCCAUAAAAGAGAUUGCAUGGAUCCCGGAGAUGAACUACUUAGUCACAGGAAGCUGGGACAAGACUUUGAAGUAUUGGGAUCUGAGGCAGCAAACUCCAAUCCAUACCCAACCUCUACCUGAGCGCUGCUACACUCUAUCAGUGAGAUACCCUCUAAUGGUUGUUGGCACUGCAGACAGAAAUCUGAUCGUUUUUAACUUGCAAAACCCACAGACAGAAUUCAAGCGAAUUGUUUCACCCCUAAAGUAUCAAACAAGGUGUGUUGCUGCAUUUCCUGAUCAGCAAGGAUUCUUGGUUGGUUCUAUUGAAGGGAGGGUUGGUGUACAUCAUCUGGAUGAUGGACUACAAAGUAAAAACUUUACCUUCAAGUGCCAUAGAGAGGGCAAUGAGAUAUACUCGGUCAACUCUCUGAACUUCCAUCCAGUCCAUCACACAUUUGCUACCGCUGGUUCUGACGGUUCUUUCAAUUUUUGGGAUAAGGAUAGCAAACAGAGACUAAAGGCAAUGGCGAGGUGCAGUCAACCUAUACCUUGCAGUGCUUUCAACAAUGAUGGUUCCAUAUUUGCAUACGCAGUUUGCUAUGAUUGGAGCAAGGGCGCUGAAAAUCAUAAUCCUGCUACCGCAAAGAACUACAUUUACCUCCACGUGCCCCAGGAAGCCGAGGUUAAAGGCAAGCCAAGAAUCAACGCUGGAAAACGGUGAAGCUGUCAUGUCGGGUAUGAGCUAUUUUGUGCAUACGACGUUUUUUAGUUGGCAAACGUGUGUGAUCAAGGCUGCAUUCUGUAUGUCUAGUUUAGAUGGGAAGAUUAUUGUCUAGUUUAGAUAGGAAGAUUGUUGUUCUGGUGCUAUUUUGAGUUGCCAUCUCCGAAGAGGCGGCUGGGUUGUCGACACGAUCUCGUUCUUGUUCCGUUGUGCUGAGAAUUCAAAACAUAUAAAUUUCUUUGCUAAAUUUCAAUGAGCUUGAGGUUUCUUGUUA